AUUAAAAGGAACUCUACGAUUGUCCACAUAAUCUGAGUAGUGUGAUGCUGUUGCUAGUACACGCUUACUUUUGUGCUGCUAACUACAGCGUACUGCUCCACUACUCAAUCAGCUAAUUGAUUUGGAAUCCAAAGCAACAAGAAACUGCCGUUUGUUGGACGUUACGCAAUGAAGGCGACAGUGACAGAGUGACUUCUAGCAGCUAAAACAAGCUAGCCUUGCUAGCCUGCUCGGCUUGCUAAGUCAAACUAACUUCGGGGUGUCAUUCGGUUGAGGGACGCAGGAGAGCUGUGAGAAUCCAAAGAAAACGACCGCCAGUCUAGCAGCUCGUUUUAGAUUCUCAUCUCAUUUUUUUUUCAAAAACUGGUCCGUACUUGAAAUGGCUUUGGUAACAGCGUUAAGACGAGUGGGUCUAGUUAGUUUACGAGAGUAUUCGCGGAAGACCGCGGCUGUAUCUUCUGGAGCCUGGCUGACAGGUCACAGAAGUUUUACAACCGGAACACAGACCCUCAGGUCAGACAACAAGGUGACAGUCAACUUCAUCAACCGAGAUGGGGAGAAAAUCACAGUUAAAGGCUCUCCUGGAGACUCCCUGCUAGACGUGGUCAUUAACGAAGACCUGGACUUCGACGGCUUUGGAGCAUGCGAGGGAACGCUGGCGUGCUCCACGUGCCAUCUGAUCUUUGAUGAGGAGGUGUACAAGAAACUGGGACCCAUCACAGAUGAGGAGAUGGACAUGUUGGACCUAGCUUAUGGCCUGACUGACACAUCUCGUCUGGGUUGCCAGAUCUGUCUGACCAAGUCUCUGGACGGCAUGGUGGCCAGGGUUCCAGAGAGCGUAGCCGACAUCCGGCAAAGCAAAGACGGUUCGUCUUAACCGGGAGGACUCGGCUCAGAAAUGUAGACGUCUGUGUGCAUCAUGUUUGCAUGGUGGUAGGUGGAAAACUCUCGGUGCUGCUGUGGGCUUCCGCAGAACUGUCUUUUUACUUUUUAUUACCAUUAUAAAAAAGAUUAGAGUGAACUAUAAGCAGCCGUUUUCAGAGCCUUGUAACCAUCAUAUAGAUUCAAAGUAUUUGAGUUGAACUACUGUCUAGCUAAGAAACUAAUAAGCUCAUAAUCUGGUUUUUCACUCUUAAUGACUAUUUAAAAUAUAUUAUUGUCACUAUUGAUCUGAUGUUAAUUCAGAAGACAAUGUAUUGCUUCCUUUCUGAAUGUCAUGUGACUACAUGUCAUUUUCAUGCAAGUAGUCACAUCUGCUGUCUAAAUUUUUGGGAAAGAAAGCAGCUAAAACAUCUCAAGUUCUUAGAUUUUAUAAUCCCAAUGUCCCUUUUGUUAGUCAGCUUAUUGAUUCUGAUCAUGUCCUCAAUGUAACCAUUUGAUCAUGUGAUUGUACAGCACACCUGUGUAUAAAGUAAAAACAUUAGAAAUAAAAAUGUACCUUUCUAA